AUGAAAGGCCCCUAUGCCUUGGCACCACUCAGCCACACCUCAACCCCUCAGUUCAGACUUCUUGAAUUACACCCGAGCACGCAUCCCUCUUAUGUUUUGUGCAGUCUUUGCUCCUAUUCAUUCGACGAGACGUUUCCAGCCUACAAAGCGCUCUCUUACGCUUGGGGCAUAAUGAAUGAUACUCGCCAAAUAUUUCUCAAUAGAUAUGCGUUUUCAGUGUCGCACAAUCUGUGGGCAUUCCUAGAGCAGAUGCAUCUCCAGAGGCAAUAUGGAUUCUACUGGAUUGAUGCUAUUUGCAUCGACCAAAGCAAUACACUGGAAAAGAAUCACCAAGUUCAAAUGAUGCGACAUAUAUACAGCACCCAUGAGAGAGUGGUGAUCUGGCCCGGCGAAGCUAGUGAAGACAAGACAAGCGACAUGGCUAUGGACAUAGUUGUCAGCAUAGAAAGAUGGGCUGCAUACGGGAUAUCCGGCGAUUAUAUGUACAGAUCACAUUUUGACCGGAACAAAAUACAAGGACACGCCGUUGGCCAGCUUCUCUGUAGGGAUUAUUGGACAAGAAUCUAGAUCAUACAAGAAAUCAUGCUUGCCAAAGAGAUUCGAGUACACUGUGGGUCAAAGGAGUUGCAUUGGGAACGUUUGGUAAAAUUUAUGGGU